UCACCUUAAAGAAGCCAAGAGGUCAGAGCUGAAGAAAAAGUAUGCUGGUCAUCUUCCCACAGAAGCACAAGUUUUGGCCAACAUUAGCUCCAGUGAGCUUGCUAAACAUUGCCGAAGAAGAACCAGAGGUGUAGAAGAAACCCGGAACCUCAUCCAGGGAUUAUUAGACUCCAUGUGGGGACUGACUGACACCUCAGGUUUACGCCUGAUCAACCCUGAGAGCAUGACACGUGUGUGGCAAGUGCAGCAGAAGCACCUACCUUGUAUCCAAGAUCCUCCUGGUGUUGAACUGUACACCAAACUGGGCUCAACACAAAAGGGAGACAAAGAAGUGCAAACCUUCAGAUGUGGCAGAGGGUCUUCUUCAGUUGAAAGCUUUCAUCGACAUCAGUGUACCUUUAUACCAGGAUGGAGAAGCAAUGCUGUGCACACUCAAAUGUAUAUACUUGAGGGUGGAUUCAGAUGGAACAUGAAAAGAGCUCAAGAUGCUUUACAUAUGAGUUGUAGAUCACACACUAAACUCUAUGAUGUUCGUCUGAUGUCCAACAUCAACACCCUUAGCAACAGAGUGCUGGGUCAUGCAGUCUUGCCAGAGUUCGUUCCUCCAGGCAGCCCCACUGGGGAGCGCAUUGCUGUGGAGUAUCUUUUAGCUCAGUCAGACAGAGGAGACCUAUUAGGUCCCAAGCAGGACAGCGAACUGGGAGUUGUUUUGCCAGAGAUGCAAGCUGAAGUUCUGGAGGAGGAAAGUCCUGAUGUCACCAUCAGUGAGGUCACUGACAUCUUCAUCAACAGCCCUCUGAAGGUGCCACAGUAUGAUGACCAGUUGGAGAUGUCACCCCCUAAUACUCCUUUUCUCCAGGAAGGGUCAUCUUCCACUUCAUCUCAGGAAACCAGUUUUGAUGCAAGCCCUGUCUCUCACACUCAUACCGUUGGUCCAGUCAGAGGUGCGCUUACUGAUGACAACUCCUUUAGUGGACCAAGCAGUGCUUCAUCCCAGUCUGAGACCAGCGGGGAACUUACAGAAGAUGACACCUCCAGCAGUCCAAGGAAAAUGUUUCAGGAUACUACCCGGUGUGAUUCCAGAGGUUUUCCUGGAUGGGAGGCUAUUGACAAUUUGGCGGAGUAUCUUUUAAGCCUCAAUCGUACGAUAACUGCGCUGUCAACCACAGAGGUGGCAGAAAUCAUGCAACUGUAUUCUGCUUUACAUGCCAUGGACAAGCGGCCCUCCAAAUACACCCUAAAAAGUAAGAAGAGAACCUUGCCAGGACCAUGGAGAGCUUCCCGGAAACGCAGUGGCUCUGCACCGGGUCAACAGGCAGCUGAAAGGCUGUUCAUGACCCAUGGCCAGGCUGCCCAGAGACCUGACACCACUAGAAUCACUGAGUGCAUUUGCCUCAAGCUACUAAAAGAAUACCAACAAGCGAGGAACCGACCAAAAGACUGCAAGGGAAAAGUUCUGCCCAUUCCACAGUCAAUUGUGCAAACCUACUGCCAUGUUAAACAGCUGCUUGAAGACUGCCAGCCCAUACAAGAUAAGACCAACUUGUUGUUAGUCACCAUCAACAACACCACAGUAUGUGCCUGGCUACAUGGGCGACAGAAAAGAACAGACCGAGACACUCUUCUGCAAGGAGUACAGCUUCCACAGAAGGUGUCUGUGGCUGAAAAUUCCCAGCCAGAUCCAAGACAGCUCCCCUCUAUUCCUGUUGAACAUGGACAUAAAUGCAUGGAGUUUCAGAAACCUGAAAAUCGUGAAGGCGAGGCAGUGAUACGUCCACGCGUUGGUGGUAAAACUGGCUCUUCAAAGCAUUGUCCUCCUUAUUCUAAGACUGUUUUGUCAUUAUCAUGCCAGCAAGGUCACUCUUCACCAGGCCCAGCUCCUACCUGCUUCUUGUAUGCACAGAGUCAGCAGCCACAAUCACCUGCUUGGCCUUAUUAUGAGCAGAAUCAGAUGCCAAAACCCCAAUCUGCUUCCAGUUUCUGCUACAGUCCAUCAGGCCCAGUGUGGACCUCAUCUGGACAAGGACAGUUCCCACCGCUGGCUAUUCCUCUAUCUUCAUUGCAUCAGUGCUGUUCACCACCACUUCAUGCAUCAGCUCUGGCACCUGCUGCUGAUGUAGCAGCAUCUUCAUCAUCAAACAUAAAUCGUCACAGGAGAUGGAGACAGAAUAGGGCAGAACUAGAAGACCAGGAACGUCUGGCAAGGGGGGAACCUCCCAAAAAGCGGCAAUGGAAACAGGACUACCACUAUCAAUGUUCAGUUUGUGGUCAGGCCAAAAACAAAACGACUGGUCAUACACAGAUUAGGGGAAAGUGGUACUGUCCAGCCUCUGGACAGACUAUUUUGCAAUGGAAGGAAACUUUCAGCAAGCAGUGAAAGCUAAGAAAGAUUUUCUUUGUAUAAUGGUUAGUUUGUUACUCUGAUGUUCUGAUGCAAAAUGUUUUGAGGCAUUUGAUUGACACUGUCUUUUGUUUAAACAAUUUUAUUUACGCUUGAUGUGCUCAGUCUAGUACUGAAAAUGUGUGAAAUCUAGAAUAAUUUCACAGUUGGGCCUGUAUGUUUUAGUCAGCCUUUGGACAGUGCUUAACACAUGUCCAUUUAUAGUGACAGAUCAGUGUACGUGGUUGUGUAAGAACAGGUUUAAUACAUGUCGCUGAUCAUAAUUUGAUUGUGUGUUGUGUGACCUAAAUGAUGUUGGACCUCAAUAGUAGUAGUGACAGAAAACAACCAAAAUAGAGAUAAUUCCAAUGGUUUACCAGAUAGAACAAAAUCUUGAGGGUAAAAAAUGUUGAACAGAUAGUUUUAACAAUAGUAGUUAGAAAUUAAAAGUCUGAUUAUAUUAUAUUAUCAU